AUGUCGGAUGACGAGGUUGAUCACGAAUUGCUGGACUUGCUGAGGAAAUCCCUGGGAUGGGGUCCCAAGGAUCCCAAUGCGCCGCCCGAGACCGGGGUACUGAAGGAUGCCGAGUUCAUUUACAAUAACAGCGUCGAUGUGGCGCUGGAUAUGCGGCAUACGAAGGUGGCGGCCAUUGAGAUUCUGAAGCAGAUGGAAGAGCAGAGGUACAGCACGAAGACGUGGACGGAACACGUGCUGCAUCCGAAAGCGAAGGAUGAGAGCACGGUGAAUUUUAUUUUCACAAUGGAUCUUUUGAACUUCAGUUUCUGGAGUGAGAAGAGCGAGGGGGAGAGGUUUGCGGUCAGGUAUCGGGAUCAGAGGUGGACGGGCUACUGGAGUCUUGUGGCUGCUUUGCAGCGAGCGCUUGACGAAGGAAUCCCUAUCACUACGCCAUCGUUCUGGGCCAAUGAAGAGGAAUGCACUGAUGAAGUGCUGCGCAACAUCUUCAGACCAGAUACGGAAGAGGAGAUUCCCUUGUUUGAGGAACGUGCCCGUUGCCUUCGUGAAGCAGGGCAAAUACUAGAAGAGGAAUUCGACAGCAGUGUCGCCAUCCUGAUUGACGAUGCAAAACACUCGGCGGCUAGACUCGUCAACAUUCUUGCAGACCGUUUCCCGUGCUUCAAAGACGAAGGCAAGUUCGAGAGAAAGAAGGUGCGCUUCUUGAAGAGAGCGCAGAUCUUUGUGGCCGAUCUGUGGGCUGCAUUCGACGGCGAGGGCUUCGGCCAAUUCACCGACAUAGACAAAAUCACUAUGUUUGCAGACUACCGCGUCCCCCAGAUGCUUCAUUCGCUGGGUUGUAUAUCGUACUGUCCACCACUCGAAAAGCACAUCAGGGAACUCAAACCGAUUACCUCUGGACACUCCUGGGAGUUGCAAAUCCGUGGAUGCAGUAUCUGGGCAGUGGAGCUCAUCCGUCGGGAGAUAUUAGCCCUUCGGCCGAAUUCAACCGUCAACGCCAUCUUGAUCGAUUUCUUCCUGUAUGACUUGGCAAAGAAGAAAGAAAGCGCAGGCGAGGAAGUGAUUCCGCAUCACAGGACUAGGAGUAUCUGGUAUUAA